AUGAUGAGAAAAUCCAAACCCAUUGCCAUUAUCUGUUGUAUCAACCACCCACCUGAGCCCUUUCUCUCUCUCCUCCUCCUCAUCAAACCCUUCUCCUCCUCUUCCACCAUUGCCGCUGCUUCUCCUUCUCUUCCUCCAGUCCCCGAACAGCCACUGGAUCUCUCCUCCCAGCUCUUCGCCAUUCUCUCCCGCCCCAAUUGGCAACGCCACCCUUCCCUCAAGAAACUAAUCCCCUCCAUUUCCGCUUCCCACGUCUCUUCCCUUCUCGCUCUCAAUCUCGACCCCCAGACCGCCCUCGGCUUCUUCAACUGGAUCGCCCUCAAACCCGGUUACAGGCACACCGUCCAUUGCCAUUCCUCCUUGCUCAACAUUCUGAUCCCCAGUGGGUUCUUCCGGGUCGCCGAAAAGAUCCGAAUUUCGAUGAUCAAGGCUUCCACUUCCGCUCAGGAUGCCUUGUUUGUGCUCGAAUUUUUGCGGGGAAUGAACCGCUCUCUAGAAUUCGAGUUCAAGCUCACUGUCAGGUGCUACAAUUUGCUCCUAAUGUCAUUGUCUAGGUUUUCCUUGUUUGAAGAUUUGAAAACUCUGUAUUUGGAGAUGUUAGACGAUAUGGUUUCGCCGAAUUUGCAUACGUUUAAUACCAUGAUCAAUGCUUCCUGUAAAUUGGGCAAUGUGGCUGAGGCAGACUUGUAUUUUAGUAAGAUAGGGCAGGCGGGCUUGCGCCCUGAUACGUUUACGUACACUUCUUUGAUUCUGGGACAUUGUAGGAAUAAGGAUGUGGAUACUGGCUAUAGGGUUUUUAAGCUAAUGCCGCACAAGGGUUGUCAAAGAAAUGAGGUUUCCUAUACUAAUUUAAUACAUGGAUUUUGUGAGGUAGGUCGGAUUGAUGAGGCUUUCAAGUUGUUUUCUCAAAUGGGGGAGGAUAAUUGUUUUCCAACUGUGCGUACAUUUACCGUUCUUAUUUGUGCAUUGUGUAAAUUGGGAAGGAAAUUAGAAGCUAUGAAUCUAUUUAAAGAGAUGACGGACAAGGGUUGUGAACCAAAUAUUUAUACUUAUACCGUGCUCAUUGAUAGUAUGUGUAAGGAAAAUAAGCUUGAUGAGGCUAGAAACUUGCUAAACAAGAUGUUGGAGAAAGGGUUGGUUCCUAAUGUUGUCACCUACAACGCAAUGAUUGAUGGGUACUGUAAGGAGGGAACAGUUGAGGCUGCACUUGAUAUUUUGGCUUUGAUGGAGUCAAGUAAUUGUUGUCCAAAUGCUCGAACAUUCAAUGAAUUGAUAUCCGGGUUUUGUAAAAGGAAAAAUGUAUACCAGGCAAUGACACUGCUUAAUAAGAUGCUUGAUCGGAAGCUCUCGCCAAGCCUAGUUACAUAUAAUUCAUUAAUCCAUGGGCAGUGUAAGAUAGGCCAUUUGGAUAGUGCUUAUAGGUUGGUUAAUUUGAUGAAAGAUAGUGGUUUGGUUCCUGACCAAUGGACUUACAGUGUUCUCAUAGACACUCUCUGUAAGAGGGGGAGAUUGGAAGAAGCUCAUGCCCUGUUCGAUUCUCUCAAAGAGAAAGGCAUAAAGUCAAAUGAAGUGAUCUUUACUGCUUUGAUUGAUGGUUAUUGCAAGGUUGGGAAAGUCAGCGAUGCCCAUUCCUUGCUUGAUAGAAUGCUUGCAGAAGACUGUUCGCCAAACUCGUACACUUACAAUACCUUGAUAGAUGUGUUGUGCAAAGAAAGAAAACUGAAGGAAGCAUUAUUACUGGUGGAAAAAAUGUUAAGUAUUGGUGUGAAACCUACGGUACCUACUUAUACAAUUCUAAUUAAGCAAAUGUUGAAAGAAGGGGACUUUGACCAUGCUCAUAGGCUUUUCGACCAGAUGGUGUGUUCUGGUAAUCAACCUGACCUAUUUACUUAUACUACAUUUAUUCAUGCAUAUUGCGGCAUAGGGAAUGUAGAAGAGGCAGAGAAGCUGAUGAUUAAGAUGAAUGAAGAGGGAAUUAUAGCAGACUCAUUGACUUAUACAUUAUUAAUUGAUGCAUAUGGACGUAUGGGAUUAAUUGAUUUGGCAUUUGAUGUUCUUAAGCGUAUGUCAAAUGCUUGUUGUGAUCCUUCUCACUAUACCUAUGCCUUUCUGAUCAAACAUCUUUCGAAUGAAAAGUUAAUGAAGACAAACAAUAAUAUAGUGGGACUUGAUUUGGUCCCCAAUGUCUCCUCCAUCGAUAUUACUGGUGUAUGGAAGACAAUGGAUUUUGAAAUUGCUUUAGAGCUCUUUGAAAAAAUGGUUGGGCAUGGUUGUGCACCCAGUACGAACACUUAUGACAAGCUUAUAGUAGGUCUUUGCAAAGAGGGACGCUUGGACGUAGCCCAGAGGUUAUACAGUCAUAUGAGAGAGAGAGGAAUUUCUCCCAGUGAGGAUAUUUAUAAUUCUUUUCUUGCUUGUUGCUGUAAGUUGCAAGUGUAUGGAGAGGCAUCAAUAUUUGUGGAUGCGAUGAUUGAGGAUGGUUAUUUACCAACAUUGGAGUCCUCAACUUUGCUUGUAUGUGGGCUUCUUGAUGAAGAGAGGACUGAGAAGGCAAAAGCCGUUUUUUGUACUUUGCUUCGUUGUGGGUAUAACUAUGAUGAAGUAGCUUGGAAAGUUCUCCUUGAUGGUUUACUUAAGAGGGGUCUUGUCAAUAUAUGCUCUGAGCUCGUAAGCAUCAUGGAGAAGAUGGGUUGCCAGCUUCAUCCUCAGACAUAUUCGAUGUUGAUUGAGGGAAUUGAUGGACCGUAA